AUGACAAAGCUCUGUUCGCUUAAGCGACCUAUGGUUUGCUUAAGCGAACCAGUUCCAGAGAGCACCAGGAUUCUUCGCUUACUAGCACGCUUCCAGUUCGCUCAUGAAGAAAAGGUCAUUUCGCUUAAGCGACCUAUGGUUCGCUUAAGCGAACCAGUUCCAGAGAGCUCCAGGAAACGGUUCAAUAUUAAAGAUCUUGGCAAACUUCGCUUCUUUCUUGGUCUUGAGAUAACUCGAUCUCCGAGUGGUAUCUUGCUCAAUCAACACAAGUAUACUUUGGAUUUUCUCUCUGACAGAGGCCAUCUUGCCGUGAACCCUUGUUCUACUCCCCAUGACUCUUCCUUGAAACUACAUGAUCCAGAUUCUCCCUUAUAUCCUGAUGAAUCUGCUUUCAGAAGCUUAAUUGGACGCUUUUUUUAUCUCACUACAAGUCGACCAUAUAUUACAUUUGCUGCCCAGCAACUUAGUCAAUUUGUUUCUCGCCCCCAAGACAUUAAUUUCCAGGAUGCUACUCGUGUCUUGAAAUAUUUGAAGCGCUUCCUAGAAAAGGGACUUUUCUUCUAUGCCAAUUCUCGUUUGAAGUUGUCUUGGUUUGCUGGCUCGGAUUGGGCAUCUUUCCCGGCUAUCCAUUGCUCUAUUUCUGGUUACUGUGUCUUUAUUGGUUCUUCUCUCAUCUCUUAG